GAAGAAUACCAAAAGAACUACAAUGGUUGCGGCUAGAUACCAUCAAGCUGUAGGACCAAAGAAAAUUAUAGAACGCCUGUUGUAGCCACGUGACUGCCGUGACAUCAUCGGUGGUUUAGACGGAAGGAAACAAGGUGUCACAUUUAUAGCAUCUGACUUAGUCACUGACGAUAAACAAGAUGAACAAGCACAGGAAGCAAAUGGCAGAGCAGUUCCUGAGUCAGGCCCUGGGCAUCAUCUGCCUGCUGACCGGAGAGGAAUAUGCCAUUGUGAAGAAAAGGCCCCCCCACAGCAGCAUUCACAGGCUGAGAGGAGAGGUGCCUAUAAAGUGUCAUGAUGUUGCCAUGUAUUUCUCUAUGGAGGAGUGGGAGUAUAUAGAGGAACACAAGGAGCUUUACAAGGACGUCAUGAUAGAGACUCACCAAGCACAAAGGUCUAUGGAGAUCCCAGGAAAUGAAAGCUCAGAUUCAACAGGUCACAGUGAUGCAAAUCUAGAGACAGAAAUAGAACUGAAUAUUCAGCCAGUGGAGACCCCAUCAGACAUCUCUGCAGGUGAUAAUAAUGCAGCUCAUCAGACAGAAGAUCUGCAUGUAACAUGUCAGCUGGAAGCUGAUGAACAGGAAAUGUGUGACAGUGAAAGUGCAGGUGAAUAUGAUGCUGUGAUUUCACGUAAUUCAGAACACACAGAAGAUCAGUGGCUAAGAAAUAUGACAGAAGCAGCAGAGCAGGAACAAUUUGAAAAUGUUAGAGCUGGUGGAAAUUAUGCUACAAUUUCAAAUAACUUUAAAGAAAUAGAAGAUCAUUGGCUAAGAAAUGUGCCCGAUGCUCCAGAGCAGGAAAUAUGUGACAAUAUAAGUACAGGUGAUGUCAAGACUGAAGUCACACUUAAUGCUGAACAAAUAAAUUAUCUGUAUGUAAAUAGUCAACUGGAAGCUGUGAAGCAGGAAAUCAAUGACAAUAUCAGUACAGGUGAGUUCACAAUCUCCAGUAAUCCUAGUCAUGAUCAGAGUGCUGAUCCAUCUUUAAAUUUCCUUCCAAAUCAAAGAAGCCACAUACAACAUUUAUGUUCCGUAUGUGGGAAAUGUUUUACCAAGAAAUCAUUUCUUAUUGAUCAUAUGAAAAUUCAUUCAGGAGCGGAAGAAUUUUCAUGUUCUGACUGUGGGAAAUGUUUUAUUCUGAAAUCAAAUCUUAUUAGGCAUCGGAAAAUUCAUAAAGGGGUAAAAGCAUUUUCAUGUUCUGAAUGUGGUAAACGUUUUACUCUGAAGUCAGAUGUUAUCAGGCAUCACAAAAUUCAUACAGGAGAAAAAGAAUUUUCCUGUUCUAAAUGUGGGAAAUGUUUUACUCAGAAAUCAACUCUUAUUACUCAUCAGAAAAUUCACACUGGGGAGAAGGCAUUUUCAUGUUCAGAAUGUGGGAAAUGUUUUACUCAGAAAUCAACUCUUAUUACUCAUCAGAAAAUUCAUACAGGAGAUAAAGCAUUUUCAUGUUCUGCAUGUGGGAAACGUUUUACCUUGAAAUCAACUCUCAAUAAUCAUAUGAAAAUUCAUACAGGAGAGAAGGAAUUUUCGUGUUCUAAAUGUGGGAAAUGUUUUACUCAGCAAUCAACUCUUAUUACUCAUCAGAAAACUCAUAUUAAACUAAAUCAAAGCUUAACCUCUGAAGUACAGAAGCCGACACAUAGUUCUCAUCUGCACAAUGUCUAGAGUAUGGACAAUGAUGUCCUCUGGGGUGAACUUUUGGGGCUGUUUGAGGUCCUCCUCUGCACCUCAAGCAGUUGGGAGGUGGCCAAGGAUUUCAUACCUGUGGUAUCCAGGGUCCCUGUAUAGGUUUAAAAAUCCAAGUAAUCACUUGUCUUAAAUAAAAUGUGAAUUUACUGAAGUAGAGGUUCAUGGAAGUGAACCCUAAUGUGCAGGUCAAAGUUGAAUAAAUAUAUCCAAAGGCCCUUAUUUAUAUUGUUGAUAAACCCAUCUUUGAAAUUUAGAUACUGCUGACGGCAUUAUAGUUAGGUGAUCACUGACCCGACAGCGUUUCCCUAUCCAGAAUGUAAAGGGAUAGUAAACAACUUGAGAUUUUUAUAUAAAGUAUUUAGUUAUGCAUAUUGAAACAACUUUCCAAUAUAUUUUCAUCAUUUAUUAGCACCUUUUCAUGUAAUUUGUUCUGAAAAUUGAGCAAUUUCUAAUUCUCAGAACAUGAAAAGUACCUGCUUACUUUUCAAGGCUAACCCUGUAAUAUAUAUUUGCCUAAUUGGCUUCAACUGAUAACAACUGCAAAUAGAUGCAUUUUAUACUAACAAUAUGGCCAUGGCUAGACUUGUUAUCUGCAGACUAAAGCCCAGAUUGGAUCCUCCAAAUAAGUCAAAUGAGGAAUUUCCCUAUUGAAAAAUAAUUGCAGUAAAAAUGAUGUUUGUUUAACAAAUAUUAAGAUUCGGCUGAUAUAUUAUUCUAUAGCAACACAGCAGAAAUGUCUUGUAAUGACAGGGUGUUUACUGUCUCAUUAAAUUGGCUUGGUGUAUAGCUGUACCGGGUGAGCCCCUAUGUUAACAUCUAAAGUGCAAAAGGCCUCCAAAAGCCUGUGUCUGGAUUAGAAUAGCUCCUCUGCCUGCAUGAAAUGCAUUGUGCUGAAAAAUAUAUAUUUUUUUUCUUUUGAUUUUUAAUUGCCAAUUUCUGUAGAAAAACACUGAAUUGUUCUCAAUUUCUACCUAUGUUAGGUUACCUAAUACAAUUAUUGAUCCACUAAAGUUUUGACUAUAGCGAAAAAUAUCUUACACUGUAUUGUUUACAAUUUUGUUUAUUAAAAUUGUAAUAAAAAUAUGCAAAUGUUUUCAA